AUGAUUGAAGGCAGCCAGUACGAGCUCCAGUGUGAUGUUCAGAAUGUUGCUCCUGUUCAUCUCCUCACUGUGAACUGGUACAAAGGACAACAUCUAGUGAAAAGUGUAGAAUCUGAUCACCAUUCCUCCAUAACCCCAGUAAACUAUUCUAAUACACUCUGGAUCUCCACAAGCAAAGAUGAUGAUGGAGUUCAGUACAGAUGUGAGGCAGAACUGAAACUGGGACCAGAAGGACCUCAACCUCCUCCUGUAGUGACAUCAGAUCCUCUCAACAUUACAGUGCACUGUGAUUGUCCCAUUAAACUUCAGCCUGUUAAGUUAGCUGUGGAGUUUGGGGCUUCAGCCUCAGCUAACUGUUCCACAACCAUCAACCACCAUGGCAUGGGCUGGGAGGCAUCGGAGGGAGCAGUAGACAUGGUGGACGAUGUCCAGUUCAUCACCUGGAGGGUAGAGAGCCUCACACACUGGGACAUAGAACCAAUUUGCUACAUCAACACAAACAAGCAGUGCGAACUCACUCUCCAAGUUACUGUUUACAAGCGUCCAGACCGGGUUUCCAUCAGCACUGUGGGUCACACAGGGCCGAUGAUUGAAGGCAGCCAGUACGAGCUCCAGUGUGAUGUUCAGAAUGUUGCUCCUGUUCAUCUCCUCACUGUGAACUGGUACAAAGGACAACAUCUAGUGAAAAGUGUAGAAUCUGAUCACCAUUCCUCCAUAACCCCAGUAAACUAUUCUAAUACACUCUGGAUCUCCACAAGCAAAGAUGAUGAUGGAGUUCAGUACAGAUGUGAGGCAGAACUGAAACUGGGACCAGAAGGACCUCAACCUCCUCCUGUAGUGACAUCAGAUCCUCUCAACAUUACAGUGCACUGUGAUUGUCCCAUUAAACUUCAGCCUGUUAAGUUAGCUGUGGAGUUUGGGGCUUCAGCCUCAGCUAACUGUUCCACAACCAUCAACCACCAUGGCAUGGGCUGGGAGGCAUCGGAGGGAGCAGUAGACAUGGUGGACGAUGUCCAGUUCAUCACCUGGAGGGUAGAGAGCCUCACACACUGGGACAUAAAACCAUUUUGCUACAUCAACGCAAACGAGCAGUGCGAACUCACUCUCCAAGUUACUGUUUACAAGCCUCCAGACCGGGUUUCCAUCAGCACUGUGGGUCACACAGGGCCGAUGACUGAAGGCAGCCAGUACGAGCUCGAGUGUGAUGUUCAGAAUGUUGCUCCUGUUCAUCUCCUCACUGUGAACUGGUAA